UGUUAAGUUGUAUGAGUUUCCAAAUAAAAGCAACCAUUUAAUAUUUAGAAUAAUACGUUUGAUUGCUUAUUUCCUUUAUUCUUUUGUUUAAAUUAUAUAUUUUACACAUUAUUCCCCAUGAAAUCCCAUUUUACAUAUUGAAAUGCAAUCGUAGGAAAAGGGAUGAAUAUUAAUAUCUGUUCAUCAAAGGUGGAGAAUAACUGGCCAGUAAAGAAAUCAAAAAGAGAAUUGUGUGAAAACAUGAGUGAUGUAGUUAGUCCCAAACGAUACGGGUUAUCCACCGUAUCAAACUAUCCUUAUGCUACCCCACUGAUUAAUAGACCUGGUUCAACUAAAAAGCUAGUUAUAAAAAAUUUUGAAAAACCUAAGUUACCCGAAAAUUAUAAGCAACAAACUUGGGAGAAAUUAAAAAGUGCUGUUAUUGCCAUUCAGACUUCUAAAUCUAUCAGUACAUCUCAAGAAGAGUUGUACCAGGCUGUUGAAAAUCUGUGUUCCAAUGGCAUGGCUUCAUUUUUGUACGAAGGUUUACGUGGUUUGUGUGAAACACAUAUAAAAUCCAAUGUAGAUCAGUUCCUCCCAGAUUCAAUGGAUAGUGUUUAUUUUUUAAAGCUCAUGAAUGAAUUCUGGCAAAACCACUGCAGACAGAUGAUAAUGAUUCGAAGUAUAUUUCUUUUCCUUGAUCGUACAUACAUUUUACAAACUCCAGAAAUAUCCUCUUUAUGGGACAUGGGGCUGGAUAUGUUUCGAUUGCAUAUUCUUUCACAUUCUCUUAUUCAAAGUCGGACUGUUGAAGGGUUGUUGUUACUUAUUGGUCAUGAAAGAAAUGGACAGACUGUUGACAGAAGCUUGUUGAAAAACCUGUUGCGAAUGCUUCUGGACUUGCAAAUUUAUCAGGAUGUUUUUGAAGUUCAGUUUCUGAAGACUACAGAAGAAUUAUAUGCUGCUGAGGGACAGCGUCUAAUGCAAGAAUUAGAAGUACCGCUCUAUUUGAAACAUGUAGACAAACGCUUGAAUGAAGAAUGGGAAAGGUUGCUGCAUUAUUUGGACCAAUCUACAAAAAAACCACUCAUACAGUGUGUUGAAAAACAGCUUCUUGGAGAACAUCUGUCUCCUCUUCUACAAAAAGGACUUGAUCAGCUAUUAGAAGAGUAUCGAUUAAAUGACCUCAAGCUCAUAUAUGAGUUGUUUGCUAGAGUUAAAAAUGGUCUGUCUCAGUUAUGCUCCCAUUUCAAUCUCUAUAUUAAAAAAACUGGCCGUGUUAUUGUAAGCAAUCCAGAAAAGGACAAGACCAUGGUUCAAGAACUUUUGGAAUUUAAGGAUAAAAUGGAUGUCAUUGUAAAUCAAUGUUUCCAGAAAAAUGAAAAAUUUGUGAAUACCCUGAAAGAAGCUUUUGAACACUUUGUAAAUCAGAGACCUAAUAAGCCAGCAGAAUUAAUUGCCAAAUACCUUGAUGUGAAGUUGCGUGCUGGAAAUAAAGAAGCAACUGAAGAGGAGUUAGAGUUGCUUCUAGAUAAGAUAAUGGUUCUGUUUCGCUAUAUUCAUGGAAAGGAUGUUUUUGAAGCUUUUUACAAAAAAGAUCUGGCAAAGAGACUUCUUGUGGGAAAAAGUGCCUCUGUUGAUGCAGAAAAGUCAAUGCUCUCUAAAUUGAAGCAAGAAUGUGGAGCAGCAUUUACUAGCAAACUGGAAGGUAUGUUUAAAGAUAUGGAGAUAUCUAAGGAAUUGAUGGCUGCAUUUAAACAGCAUCUAAUGCAUGUUAGAGCUCCUGUUACCAUGGAUAUGACUGUCAGUGUUCUUACUAUGGGAUAUUGGCCUACUUAUCCACCAUGUGAAGUGCAGAUGCCUUCUGAUAUGCUUGUAUGUCAAGAUGUUUUUAAAGAUUUCUAUUUAAAGAAACACAGUGGCCGGAAGUUGCUUUGGCAACCCAGUUUGGGCCAUUGUGUACUGAAAGCUAGUUUCCCAUCUGGCAACAAAGAACUUCAAGUAUCCUUGUUCCAAGGACUAGUUCUGCUAAUGUUCAACAAAAAAGAUUCUUAUUCAUAUGAAGAAAUAAAACAAACCACUGGUAUAGAAGAUGGUGAAUUGAAACGGACCUUACAGUCCUUGGCAUGUGGCAAAGCAAGAGUUCUACACAAAGUCCCCAGGGGUAAAGAUGUAGAAGAGACGGAUAAAUUUGUCUUCAAUGCAGACUUUAAAAAUAAGCUUUAUCGAAUUAAAAUUAAUCAGAUACAAAUGAAGGAGACCCAGGAAGAGCAGUCUAUAACUCAGGAAAGAGUUUUCCAGGACAGGCAGUACCAAAUUGAUGCUGCUAUAGUCCGUAUAAUGAAAACUCGCAAGACAUCAUCACAUAACCUUCUUAUUACUGAAUUAUAUGAUCAGCUUAAGUUCCCAGUAAAACCUUCAGAGUUAAAGAAACGUGUGGAAAGUUUAAUUGACCGUGAUUAUCUUCAACGUGAUCUUGAUAAUACAAAUACUUAUCAUUAUGUUGCAUAAAUGUUUUUAUAGUUAGAACAUGUUUGCAAUAUUAUCAACAUAAUUUUCAAUUGAGACAUAUAAAAAUGGGAAGGUUGAUUUAUUAUACCCAAAACUUGUCCUGUGACUUGUUUAAAUGAAUACAAAUGUGCUGGUCUGUAUAUUAUAUAAGCCCGAAAUUUUUUCCAACACUCUUAUUAGAAAUAAAAUUCCAUCAAUUGCAUGAUGUAUAUGAUCCAUCUUAGUAUUAUAAAUUUAAUGUAUCAAUUAACAUGAAGAAAUUUUCAGAUGUAUAUUAUAAUCUUUGAAAUGAUUUUCUUCUUUCUGGUAAAGCAAUUUAUGUAUCUAAGAGCAGUGAUUUUUGUUCAGAUAAAAAGUAUAUAUAACUGUAAUGGGAAUAAAUAAAUAAACUAAUGAAUACUUUCUCAUUUGAAUGAGACUUUAAAAUAUUAGUCAGUUAUGUUUAUAUCACUUAAAAUUUCUAAGCGUGGCUUAAAUAUUUCUAGUAUCUCUUACAAUAAAUUAUAAUAAAAAAAAAAAGGCAUAA